UAAGGACCUCCCCCCCCCUAUAGAUAGGCCUACACCCCGCCAGACAGAAAGAACAAAGUUUUCACUUCGCGUCGUCAGGAGUUUUCAUCAAUCGGCCUGCGUUCUGAAACUGAGACGCAGGACUCAUGGAGGAGAAAAAGAGCGAAGAACGCGAUGGGGAUUGUGUUCCCACGGGGGAGAGCCCUGAAAACGGCGUUGAGUCGAGGGACAAGUGGGCCAACAAGAGUGAGUUCCUCCUCUCCAUGGCCGGCGAGAUCAUCGGGCUGGGGAAUGUGUGGCGCUUCCCUUAUCUGUGCUACAAGAACGGAGGAGGUGUGUUCUUCAUCCCCUACUUCGUAUUCCUCUUCUUCUGUGGUAUCCCCUUGUUCUUCCUGGAGACCGCCAUGGGCCAGUACACCAGCGAGGGCGGCGUGACGGCCUGGAGGAAGAUGUGCCCCAUGUUUCAGGGGAUUGGCUACGCCUCCCAGGUGAUCGUGCUGUACCUGAACGUCUACUACAUCGUGGUGCUGGCCUGGGCCAUCUUCUACCUGUUCAACUCCUUCUGGCCCACGCUGCCGUGGUCCACCUGUGAGAACGCUUGGAACACAGUACUCUGCUACGACCACCGGAGCGAUGAGGACCUCCGGAGCGAUGAGGACCCCAGCUGGGGGUGGCCCAACGGCUCAAUGCAAGACUACGAUGAGGACUCCACAAGGUUUAUCAAUGCCACAGUUUCAUUUCCACUGAAAAGGACUCCUGAGGAGGAGUUUUGGAUGUUCCGUGUCAGCGGGGCAGCGGGGUGGUCCGGACUCCACUGGGAGAUGGUGGGGUGUCUCCUGCUGGCCUGGGUGCUCUGCUACCUGUGUGUCUUCAAGGGGAUCCGAUCCACCGGGAAGGUGGUCUACUUCACCGCCACCUUCCCCUACCUGAUGCUGAUCCUCCUCUUCCUCCGCGGGGUCACCCUACCGGGCGCCAUGAUGGGCAUCACGUACUACCUGUAUCCAGACCUCUCCAGGAUCACCGACCCCACGGUGUGGCGUGAUGCAGGGACCCAGGUGUUCUUCUCCUACGCUGUCUGUCAGGGCGUCCUCACUGCGCUGGGCAGCUACAACAAGUACAACAACGACUGCUACCGGGACACCUACGCCCUCUGCUGUCUGAACAGCGCCACCAGCAUCUUCGCGGGCUUCGCGGUGUUCUCCAUCAUGGGCUUCAUGGCCCAGUCGCUAGGGGUGGACAUGGCCGACAUCAUGUCCGGCGGGCCCGGCCUGGUCUUCAUCGCCUACCCCAAGGCCCUGUCCAUGCUGCCCGGGUCCAACCUCUGGGCGGUGCUCUUCUUCCUCAUGAUCCUCUUCCUCGGCCUUGACAGUCAGUUUGUGUGUGUUGAGAGCCUGGCCACGGCCAUCACGGACCUGUUCCCGGGGCAGCUGAGGAGGAAGGGCCGGCGGGAGCUUCUGGUCCUGGGCAUCGCCGUGGUCUGCUUCCUGCUGGGCCUCCCGUUCCUCACAGAGGGGGGGUUGCUCCUGUUUCAGAUCGUGGACACGUACGGCCCCAGCGGAGUCAGCCUGCUCUUCAUCGCCUCCUUCCAGUGUGCAGUCAUCGGCUGGGUCUACGGUGCGGACCGUUUCAUGGACAACAUCGAGGAUAUGAUUGGCUACCGGCCGUUCCCCGUACUCAAGUACUGCUGGAUGUUUGUCACACCCCUCAUCUGCAUGGUCACCAUGGUGUUCGAGCUGGAGAGCGGGGCCUUCACGGUAGACCCUCAGUACACGAUGGGCACCGCCAUGUCGUUCAUCGGCUCGCUGCUGGUCGCUCUCCCCCUCCUGUGCGUGGCCGUGUUCGUGGGCGUGGCCGCCGUGAAGGACCCUGAUAGGCUGACCACGCCCUGCAGCUCUCUGCGGCAGGCCCGCCCCCAGCGGCCGCUGCUCUCUCUGUGUAAACGGGUCAUCUUCAGGGCCCAGGCCGCGCCCCCCGCCGCCGCCGAGGACAAGAUGGCGAUGGACGGCCUCAGCGGAGUGUAGCCGUGACGGCGAGGCGCUGGAGAAUAAUGAAGGCUUGUACGGCGCUGUUCUGCGUGUUCUUGAAUGCAGCCACUUCAUGUUUACAUCGUUUAUCGUUUUUAUCAAGUGUCUUUUCCCUUUUUCCCUUUGGCUUUGUAAGAGCCUUUUACUAUUAUAGAUAUGAUACAUUAUAUACUACAUGUUAUAUAAUCAUUUUUGUAAAAACUGAACCAAAAAAAUGUAUAAACAGUAUGUAUGCAGUAUGUUGUAUAUAAACUGAAUAUUA